UAUAUCUGUAUCGAUGUGCACAAAGAAGAUAUCGUACAAGAUAUUGCCAAUCGUGAAGAGCGAAGUACGACGUUUCUCCGUUCCGAGAGCUGCGCUACUGUCGUACACCGAUUGUGGACGUUGGGACUUAUAUUAUCUAGGCCAUUGCAGGACUAGAUUUGUUGGAACAUGCAUCGUAGUUCGCAUCUGACAGCAGCUUGACUUAGAGCUUUUUUGUUUUCGACAGACGAGUAACGAAGGCAAGGUCUUCUGUAGUAGAAGGACAAUUGUUGUACUUAAUAAAAAUAAGAAGAAUAAAAAGCUCGAGACAUCUGAAGCCAACAUGAACGCCAGGAAAAAGGAAACUCUUCUUGCACUGCACGACAUGACAAGUUUGAUCUCAGGCCGUGUACUCACCCUGGAACAGGCCAAUGAAAAUGGCUAUGAAAUGCUGGAGCAGUUGAAGCAUAAGUUGGACCCAUAAUUAGUUUCAAAAGCUGAAAACUCGAGCAAUGGUGCAUCUGGCGGUCAGCAGCAGCCGCGCGGUCGGAAACGAGCGAGAGAACCCACCCAGUCAGAUUAAUAGUAGAAAUGGCCGAAGCGUACGCCGAAAGGCGGGAAGGAGAAAUAAUUGGAUUCAAAUAAACAUCGCACGUUUCCAAAAUAAUUAUUCUCAUUCCAAGCAGUGUUGCAUCAACAUCAGCAACAGCAAAGCCAAGAUGAACCAAGCACUGCUAGUCGUCCUGUCGUUUUUCGUGGUCAACGAGGAUCAACCGGUUGCCGGCUGGACCUGGGGAAAAUCGGCUACCAGCAGCAGCAACAACAGCAUCAACGAUGACAGAGCUCGUUACUGCCGGAUUUGCGCAAGCCACACCAUGUGCCUCUUUCCGUACGACGACCCGGGGCCAAAGUGCGCUGCGGUCGAGAACGGCGACCUGGAGCCCGAGGAAAUCGAGUGGAUCCUGCAGCGACAUAAUUCAUUGCGCGAUGGCAUUGCUAGAGCCUGGAAAAGUCAGUACCGGCCGCUGCCUGCGCGGGACAUGAUGCAAGUGUUUUGGGACGAAGAGCUAGCCAAGAUCGCUCGGAGAUGGGCCCUGCAGUGCAACAUCCACGAGAAGGACCAAUGCAGGGACGUAGAGGAAUUCUCGGUGGCGCAGAGCGUCAGCGCGCUGGAUCUGCAGGACGCGGGUAACAGGAGCGAGAUGGAGAGGCUCAAGUUUCACCUGAGGAGCUGGUACAGCCAGUUGGAGCCGGAUUUUUCGAACAGUGCCGGCGUCGGUCUGGCGACGCCCUCGGUGACUAACGUCGGCUGCGGUCGGGCGACCUACAGCGUGGCUAUAGACGACAGCGACGUCGCCGCGGCAGUCGAGGUGCUGGUAUGCAAUUACGGACCGAUCGACGACCCGGAGACGGAGGACGACUCUGGAUGCGAGACACGCAGUCGGCGCUACAGCGAGCUUUGCCUUGCAGGAGGGAUUUUCGCAAAGAGGAUACGACGACGCCGGGCUUCCUCACCGGAUGCGCACAGGAGACGAGGCGUCGCGCCGCUCACUGACUGCGGGAAACGCCGCCGCUGCUACUACCAGCUAUCUUCUACCGUUUCUGGCGCCGCUACUGCUGCUGCCGCUGCUCUGAUGUGCCUGAGAGAUGGUUUUUUUUUAUUACGCUGCUUUACACUUUUCGAUAAUUUUUUCACGGAAUAAAGCGUCUUUUUUGAGA